AGAAGCUAUGUAACUUGAUGACGGGUAAAAGAGCGAGGAGAGACGGUGAGGAGGAUGGGGAGGGCAGUAAGAAGAAGAUAGCUAUUCCUAACAGCGCCAAACACUCCCUUCAAGCAGCAUUCGAAACACCCCGCGACGAAUAUGGGGCAUUUGAUUACAGGAAGGAGGUUAAAAUGAAGCCAGACCACAAGACACGACCCUUGUUUCUCACAUCAGACGGCCAAAUAUUCCUUGAAUCCUUCUCUCCCAUUUACAAACAAGCUCACGAUUUCUUGAUAGCGAUAGCUGAGCCUGUCUGUCGACCUGUUAACAUACACGAGUACAGGUUGACCCCAUACUCUCUGUACGCAGCGGUCAGUGUCGGUCUUCAGACCGAGGACAUAGUCAAAUAUCUCUCCCAGUUGAGUAAAACGUCCAUGCCGGCGGGUGUUGAAGACUUUGUGAGGAUGUGUACCAGUAGUUACGGUAAAGUUAAGCUGGUUCUCAAGCACAACAAGUACUUCCUUGAAACGGCUCACCUGGAUGUCCUGCAGUGUUUAUUAAAAGAUCCUGUUCUUGCUGGUGCCAGAGAAAGUUCAGGAGACAGUGCCGUGAUAGAGGAGAAGAUAUCAACAAAAGCUCACAUGUUCUCUACAAACAACAAGGCAGUGGCAGAACCUGCUCAGCCGGGAUCUUCUGCUGCUGUCUCUGCUGAGGCUCCGGACGAUCUGCAGGAGUUUCUUGAUAAAGAAGAUGAGGAGGAGGAGGUGUCCGAGAGCAAAGUUCUGUCCUUCCAGAUCAAACAGAAAGAUAUCGAAAACGUGCAAAGAAGGUGUAUAGAGAUCGAUUACCCGCUCCUGGCUGAGUACGACUUUAAGAACGACACCGUAAACCCAAACGUGGACAUGACGCUCAAACCAACCACCGUGCUCAGACCAUACCAAGAAAAGAGCUUACGGAAAAUGUUCGGGAACGGCCGUGCUAGAAGCGGUAUCAUCGUUCUACCUUGCGGUGCCGGUAAAACACUUGUGGGAGUAACCACAGCCUGUACUAUCCGUAAGAAGUGUUUAGUUCUUUGCACCAGCGCUGUCGCCGUGGAACAGUGGAAAUCUCAGUUCAAACUGUGGGCCAACAUUGAAGACAGACUCAUCGUCCGGUUCACAUCCUCGACCAAGGACAAGCCUGAUCAGAACACGGCGGUGGCGAUCAGUACUUACUCCAUGGUCAGUUUCACCAGCAAGCGGAGUUAUGAGGCGGAGAAGUCGAUGGAGUUUAUAAACGGCACCGAGUGGGGCCUGCUCCUUUUAGACGAAGUACACACCAUCCCAGCCAAGCAGUUCAGAAGGGUCCUGACGGAGGUUAAGGCUCACUGUAAGUUGGGACUAACAGCCACCCUCGUCAGAGAGGACGACAAAAUAGCUGAUCUCAACUUUCUCAUAGGGCCGAAAUUGUACGAAGCGAACUGGAUGGAGCUGCAGAGUUUAGGGUUUAUUGCACGUGUUCACUGCUCCGAGGUUUGGUGUCCCAUGUCUCCAGAGUUUUACAGAGAGUACCUCAGUAUCAAGAGUAGAAAAAGAAAAUUGUUGUACACAAUGAAUCCGAACAAGUUUCGAGCGUGCGAGUUCCUGAUAAAGUACCACGAACAGCGAUCUGACAAGAUUAUCGUAUUCUCGGACAAUGUGUUUGCUUUGAGGCACUACGCUAUCAAGCUCAAUAAACCCUUCAUUGACGGGCCAACUCACCAGACGGAACGGAUGAGAAUUCUCCAGAACUUCAAGUUCAAUCCUCUUCUUUGUACUGUCUUCAUAUCCAAGGUAGGAGACAACUCAUUUGAUUUACCAGAAGCUAAUGUUUUGAUACAAAUAUCAUCUCACGGAGGCUCCAGGAGACAAGAAGCUCAGCGGCUUGGUCGAAUCUUGCGAGCGAAGAAGAACAUGAUGUCUGAGGAGUACAACGCUUUCUUCUACACCCUAGUCUCCCAAGACACCCAAGAAAUGUACUAUAGCAACAAGAGACAGCGCUUUCUGGUCAACCAGGGCUACAGUUUUAAGGUUAUCAACAGGCUCGAGGGCAUGGACCAGCAAGACCUACAUUACAGCACGAAGGCAGAACAGGCGGAGCUCCUCCAAAAAGUUCUUGCUGCAACGGAUGCGGACGCGGACACCGAAGAAGUGCCAGUAGACGGAAUUGCCGGUUCCAGAUCCAAAAAUAAAUUCUUCCGAAAACAUGGAGAAUCCUCCGGUCUGUCAGGUGGUUCUGGUAUGUCAUAUAUGGAGUACAACAAAGGGAAACGCAAACAUCCGCUAUUCACAAAGUUCAGAUAGAAAUUAAAGACAUCUUGUUACUAGCACUACCUGGUUUUAAUUUAUUGUUUAUAAUUAAAUGAGGCCCUGCACUCUGCAGCUGCAGUGUAGUGAUUCGCUGACCGUUUUAACCAGGAAAUCUUCAGCUGAAUAUUUUCACAUCGUUCGGACAGGCAUUUUGUUUAAAACAGAACAUGACCUUUAUUACUUUAUAUUCGUUCUUUUAACAUUCGCGUUGGGAAGAUUAUUUGUAUCCGGGUAUAAUUUGGGUCUUUCAACGAAUUUUUCAAAUUUUCAAUUGUUCGAAAGGUAUUUAUUUUUAAUAUUUGUUUGAAAUUUUUAUCCCGGAAA